UUGUUACCAGGCGGUGCGAAUUUUGUUAACCCCUACACAAGCGACGACCGGACUGACCUCAGUCAAGUAUGGGUGGAGAUACCGCCAGCACUAGUCGCGCUAGGCGGAGAUGUCCGAGUACGCAUGCAUGGCGUACUCGAAAAUUCUAUGCUACGCAUACGAAUCGCGCGCGACGACGACGACGGCCGGUCUCAGCUCGCCACAAUGCCUCUAGCACUUGAUUCAGAAGGAAGAGUCACAUUGCCAUGUGGUUAUUUCUCUAGAGGUGGAGUUUACUACUUAGAACUCGUCAGUGAUAAAGAAUUUCUCGAUUAUGAUAGUGUAAAUGUUAGCGAUACGAAGGAGAAAAGAGACGCUGAUACUAGAUUACAUUCCAAUAAAGAUAAUAGUGAUAUUAAUGUUGAAAAUAGAAUAAAAAGAGAUGUAGACAAUGAUGGUGUGAUAAUAGAAACUGGUGAUAGUGUAGUCAAAUUUUGGAAGUUUGAUGUUAUGUGGCCUAUGGCUAAACUAGAUGUUACACCUGAACAGAUACAGACUUAUCCAGAAAGGCAGGUGACAGCAAUUUUAGAGUUUCCUGGAGUUAUGUGUACUCCAAUGGAGACGAGUGCAGAUUUUUGGUUGGAACUUUUAUAUUGUGGACAUUCCAGUGGAGGUGCAGUCCUAUGUGAUGGAAAGAACACUAGUUCUAAUGCACACGUUUUAUAUUCUGAACAGAUGCAUGGUUUCCCGGGACGUCGGACGAUGACACUUCGUUGCGAACUCUUUGGCCAAGCAGGAGAUUACGCUCUGACUCUUAGACCAGCUGCCGCGACGGGGCCGCAAGACUUCGCCGCUGCUUUUAUCAAGGCUGAUUGGUCGGAACAGUUCGUCUUGAACGUCCACGGGGGAUCAGUGUUGCCUUGCAGUGAUGGUUUCCGGGUACUGUUUCAGUACCCAGAGUGUGUAUUGGAAGGCGCUGACAGAGUCAGAGUAUUCGGAAGGGAUGGAGAAAGAUUGCGAUAUGUUGCUGAGCAAAGAGUUAGAAGAGGGCAGCAUACCGCAUCUUUCGACUGCCGGUUGUUCAGUGAGCGGUAUGCCGAAUACUGCUUCGUGUACGUGUCGCAGGCGGUCACCGGUGCGGUGGCUGACGUCAGGAUGGACUGCUUACCAACCUCACCUCUUUCAGAGGGGGGCGCGGGCGGGUGGGGCGAGUGGUCUGCAUGGUCGCCGUGUCCCGCACCCGCGCACUGCUCGACGCGUACGCGCAGUCGACAUCGCUUCUGCGACUCCCCACCACCUGCGUACGGGGCCAAGUACUGUGAGGGUGAAGCAGUCGAGCUAGAAGCGUGCGAAUGUUCAGCGCGACCAUGGGCUGGCGACUCAUCAGUAGUGGUGGCGGAGGUUGGCGCUAGAUGUCGCUGCGGCUGCGUGCUGCAUUUAGCUCCCACAGCUCGGUUACUGGCAGGCUCGGCCAGAGCGUGCCCAUCCAGAUCAUUUUGGCUUCUUCAGGCUGAAGAAGGUCUUGUGGUGCGCUUGCGCAUGGAAUCGGUGCGGCUGCCGUGCACUGGACAGGCGUUAAGAGCGAGAGAUGGGGAUUCCCUGGGGUCACCUCUGCUUGCGUCAUGGGACGGUCCCGAUAGUUCCGCCGUGGUUGGUGCCGUAGAAACUACGACGGACAGCAGUGGAGUGAUGGAAAUAGCUGGUGGGCGCCAUAUCUUAGUAGAGCUUCGGUCCUCUGACACCAGUGAGCGAUGCGCUGGAGGUUUCUUGGCACACGCCAGCCAAGUCGAGCCAAUCAGAAAUGCGUCAGCGGCAUGGGCUGUAGUGAGCAGUGCCACCUGGUGGAGGGGCGGUGGCGGAGCUAGAGGUGCUGCUGUAGCACUAGCUGCGAUAGCAGCGCUCGCGGCAUUGUGCUUAGCGCUGCAUUCAGCGCACCGUACCAGGGCAUAUCAGAGAGCUGCUGAUAAGGAAUCCUUGACUGACAGUGAUGCCUGCUCAGCUUCAUUGGAGAUGGGCGCAGCAACAGCUGGGUCCAGAAGCACAUUGUUAUCCGAAGUAGUCGGAGGUGGUGUUUCAUUGCGACGCCUCCUCCCUUCAGGGAAGACGAGGCAUACGAGGCUACGCGACUCUGACAGGGCUUCUGAAAAUGUAGAUCAGAAGGAAGAAGAGGAUGAUCACACAGACACUGAAGCUGAUCCAGGCGACAACGUUAGUGUUGCGAGCGCACGUAGUACUGCAAGUCAAGCUACUGUCACCCCAGAAACUGUAUCGUCGAGCAGUGCGCCGGUCACCCGCAGUAAUGUAGCGCCGUCGCCGCUGCGUCGCUCACAUACUGUCACCGCCACCUCUAAUGUUUCCGUGUCAACAACAGUAUCAAAGGUCACGUCACCGCCUCAAACGUCCAAUACUGAAGUGAUGACUGUUGACCUCAGCACUAGCGUCAGCAGCGUGAGUGAAAGGGAUGAUAGUUGCAGCGAAAAGGACAAAGAUAGCUUGUGGGAAAAGGAUCGCAGCGAGAGCAGAGCAUCCUCGUCUACUUCUGCUGCAACUCUUACCAACGGUUGGUAUUCGCCAGCACUGAGUGGAGUUGCGUCCGCAAAAAUCAGGGACAAUCCGAAACACACGAAGGAAAGCUGCAACCGGAGACUGCUUAGAUCUGACCUGAGUCUUACGUCACACCCGGAAAUGGAGAUCGACUACUAUGACUACGAAGUCAACAAUGCUGGUUCCGUUCCAGGUUCAUACUUAGGAAUGGAUCCAGCAUUUCUAGUGUGGAUACCACCACUUGAAGAGGGCGAUAUUUUGAAAGAAAUAGAUGAAAACAAAGAACACGUUUAUGAGGAAGUGUUGCCGAAAGAACUUCAUCCUGAUCCGGGUAGCAACAGUGAAUCACCAGAAGAGAGACCGUGUUCCAGCAACAAGAGAAAUUCUGACAACCGAUCCAACAGAUCCAACGAGUCCAUCAAAUCCACCCGCAAAGUCAUGGAUAGAAGUAACAUAAUACAUCCUCUAAAUUUUAGCAUCAGUGAUCUGCAGAAUUCUCCUAAAUUAGGCAAAAGGAACAAGAAAAAGAGAGACGAAAUUCCCGUGACGAUACAAAUGAGAGAUCUGACAUUAACAAGAUCUCCAGUUAAAGUGCAUAGGAAAGAGAAUAGAAAUGAUCACGACAAUUCUUCUACGUUAAAGAGAGUAAACGAUACAGCUAGAGAAACUAAUGCUGAUACACUAAAACGGUCAGAUAUCAAUGACUUGAAAUUCGCAGAUGAAACUUCAGAUUCUUCGGGUGAAAUCAAAUUCGCUGAUGAUUCUCCUGAUAGUAAUAGACUAGUUGACAAAUAUGAUGUGAAAGUAUAA